AUGUCUUAAACUAAUGAAAAGAUCAUGACUUCAAUAAAAAAGACUAUUCAAAUGAAGUAAAAUUAAGAAUCCACAUUAAGUCUAAUUAAUAGCAUAAAGGAUAAUCGAUAGAUCAUAAAAUUUUUAUAAUUUUUAGAUAACUUUACAUCUAUGGAUAAAACUUUAAAAUAAUGUGGGUCUAAUUAAUUAAAUUAAUUAGUUAAGAUGAAGUUGAACCAGAGAAACAAGAAUUUUGAAAAUAUUAAGAUCUAAAAUACUUCUUUGGUAGGAAUUUAUUUUUUUUACUCCAUUUUAAGGGUAUUAGAAUUUAAAAAAAUUAAUAUAAGUGGGAUGAAUUUGAAAGGAGCAUAAUUAUUUAAUUGUAAAUGGAAUAACUUAAGAAUCCAUCAAUUAAAUAAAUUCGAAGUUUAUAGUGAUAUUCUAUUAUUUUCUUGCGAUGCAAAUAAGUCUACACUAAUAAUAAAAAUUUAAAUUAAAUAGUCAUAAUAAUUGAAUUUAUUCAGUAUGCUUCUCUUUGAUAGAAAUAUAUUCAUUAUCUUCUUGAUUUGGAGAUAGUAAGGGGAUGCUAAGAAUAGAGUAGUAUAUUGA